GUGUUUAGAUAUAUCUGAAGUGAACAAAAGAAUGGGCGGUUUAAACGAUAUGAGCAUAUUUUUGGUAAUUCUUCCUCAAAAAUUCCUAGAAAACCCUAUAGUGAACAUGAUUUUUGUGAAAAUGCUGAACGUUUGCACGCAUGACGCAGUUAUAUAGGAAUUUGCCCAAAGAAAUUAUGAGACUAAUAGCCGUUUGCACCGACAAAUAUAAGUGGAGCUGGUGAAUGAGUUAGGUUCAAGUACACUUUUUUGAAUAUCGUUAUCUGCAAUGCAGAUAAUUAAUUCCAAUAAACUUAAGUACUAAUUCCAAGAAGAAGAUGUACUGACGAUAAAGUAUAAUUUAGAAAUGGAAGUUACGGAAUUUCUCAAGCAACCGCAUUUGGUAGCAAAUAUACAGCAGUUCUUUGGUAUCGCAGUACGCAACCAAAAUGAAUUCGAGAUUCGCAACAAGUUUUGGUAUUACUUUUUCCUUUUCGGUACGGCUUUGGGCGACGAGACGUUUUACACUUUUUUUAUUCCAUUCUGGUUCUGGAAUAUUGACGGAGCAGUCGGUAGACGUGUGGUACUAGUUUGGAGUAUUGUCAUGUAUAUUGGGCAAAGCAUAAAGGACAUUCUCAGGUGGGAACGUCCGGGUUUUCCGGUUGUUAAAUUGCAAAGUAAGUGGGCUAUGGAGUAUGGGAUGCCAUCGACUCACGCAAUGGUUGCAAUUUCUUUACCGUUUUCGGUGCUGUUGUACACAAUGGAUCGGUACCAAUACUGUGUUGGUAUCGGAACUCUUAUUGCGGUUACUUGGUGUCUACUUGUUUGUGUAAGCCGUCUUUAUUUGGGAAUGCACACAGUCUUGGAUAUAGUCGCAGGAAUGGUACUCACAAUUACGCUUAUGCUGCCAUUAAUACCUCUAGUUGAUAAGUUAGAUAAUUAUUUUUUAACAAAUAGCACAUCGCCCAUUCUGGUGCUAGUAGUCUCAAUUUUAAUGAUCGUUUAUUAUCCGAACAGCGAGAAGUGGACUCCGACAAGAGGUGACACAACUAUGGUCGUUUCAGUGUGCGUCGGGCUUUUAAUAGGAUCAUGGUUAAAUUUCCAAAUGGGAAGAAUGGCGUUACCAGAACUGAGACCGCCAUACACCAUAUUAUGGCCGUCAGUUGCGAUGGUCGGUUAUUCACUGUUACGAACUUUUAUAGGAUUUCUUUGUGUGAUUAUCGUUAGAAUGACAGCAAAAAGUUUAAGUUAUAACUUUCUUUGUGCGUUGUUACGUCAAGACGUUGACCUAAUUAGAAAAUCCGCAAAUUCGUUAGAUAAUAAGCACAAAAAUUUUGUAGAAUUAGCGUGCAAGUUUGUCACGUGCGCACUUAUAGGUUUUAAUACGAUUUUCCUAAUUCCUUAUAUUUUUAGAUUGAUGCGUAUAGAGCGUCUUACUUUCUACACAGAAAUUUAGUGCAAGUCCGGAUGUAGAGUAAUAAAUUCCGUUUGUUGGA